CAUUAUGUCCGGUAAACACCAAAGGGGAAGUAGAAUCAACUCCCAUCAACAGAAACACACACAGGUGUGUCGUCGCCGCUGCUGCUGCUGCUGCAGGCCUUCACUAUGGCUCAGAACCAGGUGAUCCUGCAGUUCCGUUUCGCCACCUUCGGCGACUCCAUGCUGCAGAAGAUGAACCUUCUACGACACCAGAGACGCUUCUGUGAUGUCACUGUGCGCAUCAACCAGCUGGAGGUCCCUGGUCACAAAGUGGUGUUUGCUGCCGGCUCCUCUUUCUUAAGAGACCAGUUCAUCCUGCAGCAGGACUCCAAGGAGGUCCAGAUCUCCAUGAUGCAGGAGGCGGAGGUGGGACAGCAGCUGCUCCUGUCCUGCUACACAGGCCAGCUGGAGUUUCCAGAGCUGGAGCUGGUGCAUUAUUUGACAGUGGCUAGCUUCCUUCAAAUGGGUCACAUUGUGGAGCAGUGCACUCAAGCCCUCAGUAAGUUCAUCAAGCCUCAGGCUCCUCCACGCCACCUGGAGGCGGAUGUGAGUAAGAGGAGGGAGAAGAAUGUGGAGGGUUCUUCAUCCCAGAUCCAGAUGGAGCAAGAGCACUCUCAGGUGCAGUCUGUUCUUCAUGAGAAGGAGGAAGAGGAGGUAGAGCAGCUUGAGGAUGACAACGCUGGUGACAACGACCAUGAUGGAGAUGACUGUGAUGACGACGACGAUGAUGAUGAUGAUGACGAUGUGAUAAUACAGCCCACGUCUCCUCUGCAGAUUUUAGGCAGACACCCAAGGCAGGGUAUGAUGGAGAAUGACAUCACUAUAGUAAAGGUAGAGUCUGUGUCUGAUGUAGCAGAAAACUCCAUCACGGGUCACUUCCCCACCAGUCCGCCUGCAGCCCUCAGCUCUCCAGAGCCCCAGCAUUCCCUCAUCAACUCCACGGUGGACAGUCGCAGUAGCGAGGUGCCAGUUCCAGCUGGCAUGGCCGGAUACCCGCUCACUCCUCCUCCUCCGUCACCUCCUGCAGAGAAACACAGUGGUCACCAGAGGAACUACGACAAGCCUCUGCAGUGGUACCACCAGUGCCCAAAGUGUGCGCGGGUCUUUCGUCAGCUGGAGAACUAUGCCAACCACCUUAAGAUGCACAAGCUCUUCAUGUGCCUCCUGUGUGGAAAGACUUUCACACAAAAAGGCAAUCUGCACCGACAUAUGCGCGUCCACGCCGGCAUCAAGCCCUUCCAGUGUAAAAUCUGUGGCAAAACCUUCACCCAGAAGUGUUCUUUACAGGAUCAUCUUAACCUGCACAGUGGGGACAAACCUCACCGCUGCAAUUACUGUGACAUGGUGUUCGCUCAUAAGCCAGUUCUUCGUAAGCACCUCAAACAGAUCCACGGGAAGAACAGCUUUGACAACGCAAACGAAGGCAACCUGCACGACGGAGGGCUUGACUUUGAUUUCAGCAGAAUUUGAAAUCUGUGGAUGUUUUUAUUUUAGGUCUGUUGGAUGGAAUCCUUUAAAUGGACAUGGUUCAGAUUUUCCUUCAAGUGGGACAUUACUUCAAUGACACUUUGACAACGUGCGGGCCUCAUGUACAAAUGAUUGUGUAGCUUUUAUACUGAAAGAUGAAAGAAUCCAGACGUAUGAAACCUCAGUGAAAAUGAAACCAAGAGCGUGUGCACAAGCAGCACAGUCUGCCCCAAAAAUGUAAAUGACGAUCAAAUUAUUUCAACCCUCUACUGACGCCUUUUUUGCUUAAGAACGGCAAAUGUGGCUGCAAAGAAGGAGAAAAAUGAAAAAAAAGAGAUUUUACUAAGCGUCAGAUCAAAGCAUUAAUCUUUGACGAGAAAAGAAUAAGAGAAUAUUUUAUUUUGGAGGUAUGUUCCCAAGAAAAUGUCAGGCUGCUGUGUUUGUGACAUCACCGUGUCACAUCAACAGAAACUUUAUGUCCAGAGUAAAGAUUCGUCUUUAGGAAAAUAACUUCAGAGGUCUCUUCCCUCCCUUGUGUCCUUUCGUGUCACUUUGUCCACAUCAGUGACAGUUUUUGACACUCCAUUGUGUGUGUUGAAAUCAGUGUCGUUAAAUUUUAGUGGGUGUGCACUGUUUAUACAUGAGGCCCCUGCAGUUUAAGUUAAAGAAAGCCUGAUGUGAGUAAACCUUAAGGCAACUGGACACUACAAACAUGUUUCCUGUUUUCGAAUUCACUGUAGUUUCAUGACCUUGGACCUUGGCCAAGGUGGUUUGUUGGUUUGUUUGCAAGGGUGGGAUCAUACUUUCCACAAGCUGUGUCUGAGCAGAGGUCCACUAGGGUCCACGUGACAUAAAUGUUGUCGUCAGCCCACAGACGAGUGCCGGACAACUGCAGUUUGAGUCAGUUUGAAUUGUACGCACCCACGGCACAUGCUUUCACAACACGUUCUGUUGUGUGGUCUUGUUUUGGUCAGAAGUGAUAACAAAGACAACGGCAAGCAUGGAAACACACUCAGCAUUCAAAGAAUACCUGGACAUAGAAAGCAAAUCCACACUACUAAAAAGGAAUGAAAGAUGGAAUACUAUACUGAUGCAGAGCCUUGUUUUAGUGUAACCAGAAUCACUGACACAGGCAGAUGUGGAACUUUACAGUGGCUUCUGCAGAAAUUAUGACCCAGCCCUUAGACGAGUUACGGAAGAAAUACUCACUGAUUUUUGUUUUCUGUUUGUUUUAACUAAACUUGGAGGCCUGGUUUUUGGGCCCAGAAAAAAAUCCAUUAGAAUUAGGUGUUAAUCCAAAUAUGGGGACAGAACAAGGGGUUGACUUAGCUACUAAGCUUAAUUGAAUUCAAGGAGACUGUUGGGCCUUGACAGAUGAAGGUGCUCUACUGAUUGCCAUUCUAGGUUUUUUAUGGACUAUAAUAGUAGAUGCCUUUAUAUCAUACUUGAAAAAUCAGCACUGAAACACUAAACAUAAUGACUGUAUCACGAGAUAAUGAUGUAUAAUUAGCAGUUAUUGGUGAACUGGGAUGUCUUUGUGUCCACUGUGUCCAAUGAGACGAAAGAAAAACAAAUAUUGGUUUGUAUAUUGUGUGUGUACUGUGGACUUCCUGUCUUCAUGAGUAGAAUAAACUUGAAUGAGGGUGGUUAUGAAAAUAUUAAAGUCAAUCUGUGCCAGUGA